AUGGAGGACCAGUUUGGUGGCCGCACCGACGACGACUUGUUCUACGACGACGAUUUUGAGCCCGUCGAUGGUGUCACGACUAUUGUGCAUGACGAGGUGCCGAUCGCGAUUUCUUCAAGAUACAUCACACAUUCAGACCUAGUCCCACACCCCGCAGAUCUCGAGUCUGCCCUUGCGCCUCUGGCUGCGGCGGCGGCGGCUGCAGAAGCAGGCAAAAAGAAGGCUCGUCGACGACGCAAGUCCAGGUCUCCCAAGCAGCAGCAGCCUCCACCACCACCACGAGGAGGUCUUGCACAAUCUAGAUUCGCAGACAAACCGACAGAGACGCCUCCUCAGAAACAGCGACAGCAACUCUCCGAACCACAACCACCAAAGUCAUCCUCAGCGACUACUAGCCAAGACCAGACGAGUGACGACAUCAGCUCCAGCACUGCCGCAGCUAACGCUCCAGCUUAUCGGGACAGGCGAAGUCAUACAAAAAACCAGGCACAACCUACCGAGUCUUCCACAAAUGCGCGCGCCCAGUCUGGCGCAAACCCUCGCCAAAAGUUGACAGAGGAAGAGCUAACUGCCAAAUUGGACAAGAUGAAGCUCCUGUCAGCUGAGAAGACGCUCAAAUUCGAAAAGGCUGAAAAGGACCAGAAACAACACGCGGAAUCCUAUGCACGUGGAAUGGAGGAGGCGCGACGCCAGCGUGCCGAGACUGCAGAGAAGCGGCGACAGCACGAGGAGCAGCGUCGCCGUCUCGAAGAGGAGCGCACAAAGAACCGAGAGCGCAAGCUAAAAGCUAUCAGCACCAAGCAGGGCGGGUGGGAUGAAGGAAAAGAAGUCAUGGCGGAGGAAGAGUCGCGCCGGCCGGCUCGUGCCGCUAAUGGUGGUAUUCGUGGGUCAAAAAGCGUACACUCCUUGGGUCUGCGUGGGAGCCGUUUCGCGCGAGACUCAAGCGAAGGAGAAAAGGCAACCACACCGGACCGCACAGAUACCGACAGGUCGGUUGACGAGCGACCUCGUCGCGGCGGACGUGGGAGAGGCAACCGAGGCGAAGGGCGUGGCGGCCGGGGAGCACGAGGUGGACGAGGGGGCCGUGGCGGCGCCGCCGGCGACGAGCGCAGCCAGCCAGCGGCUCCCCUGCCCAGAAACGAUGACUUUCCGUCGCUGCCAGCCAACUCGGACUCGCAAAAGGAGCCGGUGCAGGGCGCACCGAAACCUGCCAUCCUGGCGCCUUUGCCACGGUUCGCACCAGCUAUUGGCAAGUGGGACGAUGAGAUGGAGUUCGUAGAGGAAAUGAACUCCACCGCUUCGAAGAAGUAA